AUGAAGGGAAAUCUUAAUAUGGAUAAUAAAAAAAUAAUUAACCUUAGACCGCCAACAUCAAACACUGAUGCAACAACUAAAAAGUAUGUAGAUGAUGCAAUACCUGAUACUAGUUCUUUUAUAAAAAAAGAUGGAAGUGUAGUAAUGACUGGAGACUUCAACACUGGCGGUCACAAAAUACUAAAUCUUCGAACACCUACAACAAACAGUGAACCAGCAACCAAAAAGUAUGUCGAUGAUAAAACUUCUUCUGGUGGAAGCAGUGGAGGUAGUUUAGACCUAUCUAAUUAUUUGAAAAAAGAUGGUACCGUUACUAUGACUGGUAACCUAAAUCUUGGAAACAAAAAAAUAGUUGGUCUCGCAACUCCUACAUCAAAUACAGAUGCUGCAACAAAGAAAUAUGUUGAUGAUAAUAGUGGAAGUCCAGACCUGUCUGAUUAUUUGGAAAAAGAUGGUAGCGUCGCUAUGACUGGUAACCUUAAUCUUGGAAAUAAUAAAAUACUUAACCUCAGUGACCCCACCACAGAUCAACAAGCUGCUAAUCGCGGAUGGGUUCGUAAACAAAUAGACCGCCUUGAUAAUCAUUCUGGAGACGCCUCAAGUAGUGUAUUUACUAUAACAGAUCCAGCUGCGGCAACGACUUUGUAUCUACACUAUAUCUCAGGUUCAUCAUUUGAUGAUUUUGUUUUUACAACAUCAGCACCUGGUCAACCUCUUGUAGGGUGGGCACCAACUGCUAACACAUACAUUAACAAAAUAGAAUUUCAAUUUGGUUCGCGAAAUAUAAACGUUGACUAUCUCUGGUUUAUUCCUAGAGACAGUUCCCAUUCCAAUUCUAAGUUUUGGGUAAGUGGAAAUCGCACUGGCACUUGGUCAUUGAUUAUUCACAAGUCUUGGAGUUAUGAUAUGUCAGGAGUAAGACUGCGAACUCAUAACAAUUCAAAUCACACAGCUAUCACUUGUCGGUUAUUCACUGAUCUACCAAAAGCAAUAACCAAACCACUUAAGAGAAUAGAAAUCAACACACCUAAAAUUGUAAUAAGUGGGGUUAUAAAAGCUGAUAUCGACCUUGGUGGUAAUAAAAUAGAGAAUCUGGGUGGAGCAACCCAAGACAAUGAAGCAGUAACCAAAGGUUAUGUCGACUAUCUAGUUCAUCACACUGUAGUUCAACCAAGUCAUUAUAAAGAUGAGUUUGCUUAUCUCAUGUCAAGUGGAUCUCAAUGGACUGAUGAAUCGGAUGAAAUUGGGUCUAGUUUUCUUAUAAGAAGUAUAGGAGAUUUAGCACCAAACAAAGGAAACUUUCACAACUAUAACCACAAAGUUAUUUACGCGGCUAUAACCAAAAAUAUUUUAAAUAGAUAUCAGUAUAAGAUGGGAAUUAAUUUUUACAGACUAACUGCAAAUACUGAUUACACGUUGUGUUUGGAAAUACUCAACAGUGAUUAUAAUCUUUGGAAUAAUAGUCGAAUAAGUGUUGACAAAGGAACUUCAAAAGGAUUGUCAAUUGGAAAUGUAAUUGUAAAAAAGUUGUCCCAUAGGUAUACUGAUCCAAAAGGGCAAACACAAACUAUGUACUACCACAGAAUAAUAGUUAAUUUCAGAAAGUUGUCAUCUGGGAAUAAGUUCUUUCUUCAUAUUUUGGUUAGGAUUCUUCAGGGUGGUUAUAAUAUAAAUGCGUAUCCGAGACAGUUUUUAGGGACUUAUAUGAUUGCUUAUGGUAUUAUGGGUACAUUUAGUAAUAUCGAUCCAGAUAAAGUUUACGAUUAUCACACCGCAUUUGAUAUCCACCCAGGAUAUGUGAUGUUCAAUGUUCCCCCCAUCAUAAAUCGAAAAAAAUUAGCACAUAUCAGUCUUGACCAAAUAGGUGAUGAUAAUUUUGCAACAAUUAAAUCAGUAAAAGAGUUAAUUCCUUUACUAGAAAAAAAGAAUUUGUAUGAAAAAUACUUUAGUGAGUUCUAUGACUUUGCUGAUGCGGGUAGUUAUGGAAUAAAUAUAGGCUCAUCUGGAGUUAUUAUAAAUUCUUUGAAACCUAAUAUUACACUACCACCUAAUAAAGACUUAGAUGAAAUAACAGAAAAAGGAUUAAAUAUUAAUGGUUAUGAUAUUACUUUUUCUCCUUCACAUUCUUCAAAAUAUACUUUAUGUAUUGUUUUUUCUCAUUGGAGAAAUAGGAGUUUUACCCUAACUAAAUAUUUAUCAACAAACAAUAAUAUGUUAGUAAAAUUGGAUUAUAAUAAAUCAAACAAUAAAGUAACUUUAACUGUCAACAAAACAACUCAAAAUUUUAUCAUGUUAAGUAGUUUUAACGGAAAAUUUAUUGUUUUAUGGCUAACAGAAAAUCUUAGUUCAAAUGUUACAAAAGUUUCAAUAAGUAACUACAGCUCAACAUUAACUAUACCAGCUGUUAAUUACAAUACUAAUCAACGUUGGAAGUUUACAACUGAAGAUGGAGUGAUAUUAAGAUUAAUGUACUCUCCAAAAUUUUACGACUUUGACUCUGAGCAAUUUCACAAAGUAAUGCUUCAAGAAAAGUUAAGUGGAAGUUAUAUAACAUAAGUAUAAAUGAAAAGAAAUAGUAGUAAAAAGAGUAUUUUUGAAUUUAAUCAUAUUGAUAAAUCUUUAUCAAAAGAGCAAAUAGAAACUAUUACAGAUCUUUAUAAACAUUACCAUAAAAAACAUUGGUGUUAUAAAAAAUCUUAUAAAUCUUAUAAAUUUUUAGAUAAUUUUUUUACUAUUUCUAGUUUGUCUCUUAUUGCUGUAGGCACUAUCUCAGGAGGAAUAACACUCAAUCCUAUUAUUCUUGGUGUAAUCAACGGUGCAGGGAUAAUUGUGGGUGGGGUUGCAAAAAAGAAAGAUUUUAAGAAAAAGAUAGAAACAACAAAGCUGGCUUAUACUACUUACGAGAAAGUUCUCGUUGAAUUACGAUCAGCACUCAGAGGAGAUGAGUGGAGUAAAGAAGAAUUUAUAGAUCGUAUUAAAAUAUUAGAUGAAAUAAUAAUUGAUCAAUGUCCAUCAAGUGCUGAUAACUUUGUAGAGAAGUAUAAAAAUAAAUUUAAUAUAUAGAUUAAAAUACCAACUUAGUAUUUUAAUCUAAGUAUCUAAAGGUAUAUUUUUUAUUAUCUUUCUUUGAAGUUGCUGUUUUACAAGAUUUUCUUUUACAACAAAUAUUUGAAAUAUUACCAGCACUAAUAUUUAAUUCAAUCGCAGCUUUUUUGAUUGAUAUAAAUCUUCUUUCUUUUCUAUCUUUAAUACAAGUAGAAAUUAUUGCCUUAUUUUUACUUUUUUCAACAUUUUGCUUAUGUGUAAGUAAUUGCAAAUUUUUAAUUCUAUUAUCAGUCUUCACAGGAAAAAUAUGAUCAACUUCAAAACCAUGUGGAAUUGGUCCGCGAAAAACUUCAUAAACAAAUCUAUGUUGAUAGUAAAACUUUGGUUUUUCUAGUUUUUUAUUGCAAAUAAUAAAAAAUAAAUAUCCAUUAGAAUCUUUAUUUUUAUUUAUUAUUUUCUUUCUUUUAAGAGAGUAAAUAUCUCCAUCUUUAUUUGCAGCAUAAUUAUCAAAAACUGGAUGUUUGUAGUAUUUUACACCAUCAAUUACUACUCUUUGUUUUAUUCUUGAAUCCAUUAUUUUAUAAUAGCCAUACUUACGAAUAGAUGGAAGUACUUUUGAAAAAACCCAUCUUUUAAAAAAUUUAGCAGUUUCUAACUUUGAAGAAAAAACAAGAGAAUAAAAUCCACUUUCAUUUAUAAAAACACAAUUUUGUAAACCCCCCGUCGUCUGGACGCCCCCUUUAUAUUUAUUCAUCAUUUGAUGAUUUUGUUUUUACAACAUCAGCACCUGGUCAACCUCUUGUAGGGUGGGCACCAACUGCUAACACAUACAUUAACAAAAUAGAAUUUCAAUUUGGUUCGCGAAAUAUAAACGUUGACUAUCUCUGGUUUAUUCCUAGAGACAGUUCCCAUUCCAAUUCUAAGUUUUGGGUAAGUGGAAAUCGCACUGGCACUUGGUCAUUGAUUAUUCACAAGUCUUGGAGUUAUGAUAUGUCAGGAGUAAGACUGCGAACCCAUAACAAUUCAAAUCACACAGCUAUCACUUGUCGGUUAUUCACUGAUCUACCAAAAGCAAUAACCAAACCACUUAAGAGAAUAGAAAUCAACACACCUAAAAUUGUAAUAAGUGGGGUUAUAAAAGCUGAUAUCGACCUUGGUGGUAAUAAAAUAGAGAAUCUGGGUGGAGCAACCCAAGACAAUGAAGCAGUAACCAAAGGUUAUGUCGACUAUCUAGUUCAUCACACUGUAGUUCAACCAAGUCAUUAUAAAGAUGAGUUUGCUUAUCUCAUGUCAAGUGGAUCUCAAUGGACUGAUGAAUCGGAUGAAAUUGGGUCUAGUUUUCUUAUAAGAAGUAUAGGAGAUUUAGCACCAAACAAAGGAAACUUUCACAACUAUAACCACAAAGUUAUUUACGCGGCUAUAACCAAAAAUAUUUUAAAUAGAUAUCAGUAUAAGAUGGGAAUUAAUUUUUACAGACUAACUGCAAAUACUGAUUACACGUUGUGUUUGGAAAUACUCAACAGUGAUUAUAAUCUUUGGAAUAAUAGUCGAAUAAGUGUUGACAAAGGAACUUCAAAAGGAUUGUCAAUUGGAAAUGUAAUUGUAAAAAAGUUGUCCCAUAGGUAUACUGAUCCAAAAGGGCAAACACAAACUAUGUACUACCACAGAAUAAUAGUUAAUUUCAGAAAGUUGUCAUCUGGGAAUAAGUUCUUUCUUCAUAUUUUGGUUAGGAUUCUUCAGGGUGGUUAUAAUAUAAAUGCGUAUCCGAGACAGUUUUUAGGGACUUAUAUAAUUGCUUAUGGUAUUAUGGGUACAUUUAGUAAUAUCGAUCCAGAUAAAGUUUACGAUUAUCACACCGCAUUUGAUAUCCACCCAGGAUAUGUGAUGUUCAAUGUUCCCCCCAUCAUAAAUCGAAAAAAAUUAGCACAUAUCAGUCUUGACCAAAUAGGUGAUGAUAAUUUUGCAACAAUUAAAUCAGUAAAAGAGUUAAUUCCUUUACUAGAAAAAAAGAAUUUGUAUGAAAAAUACUUUAGUGAGUUCUAUGACUUUGCUGAUGCGGGUAGUUAUGGAAUAAAUAUAGGCUCAUCUGGAGUUAUUAUAAAUUCUUUGAAACCUAAUAUUACACUACCACCUAAUAAAGACUUAGAUGAAAUAACAGAAAAAGGAUUAAAUAUUAAUGGUUAUGAUAUUACUUUUUCUCCUUCACAUUCUUCAAAAUAUACUUUAUGUAUUGUUUUUUCUCAUUGGAGAAAUAGGAGUUUUACCCUAACUAAAUAUUUAUCAACAAACAAUAAUAUGUUAGUAAAAUUGGAUUAUAAUAAAUCAAACAAUAAAGUAACUUUAACUGUCAACAAAACAACUCAAAAUUUUAUCAUGUUAAGUAGUUUUAACGGAAAAUUUAUUGUUUUAUGGCUAACAGAAAAUCUUAGUUCAAAUGUUACAAAAGUUUCAAUAAGUAACUACAGCUCAACAUUAACUAUACCAGCUGUUAAUUACAAUACUAAUCAACGUUGGAAGUUUACAACUGAAGAUGGAGUGAUAUUAAGAUUAAUGUACUCUCCAAAAUUUUACGACUUUGACUCUGAGCAAUUUCACAAAGUAAUGCUUCAAGAAAAGUUAAGUGGAAGUUAUAUAACAUAA